ACAAUGGGGAUCUCCACGGUCAUCAUCCAUAUAUGUCUCUUAUGGGGUCAAUUUCUUUCUACAGCUUCUGAAGCAAGAUAUUACACACCUGAGCUGACCACUCCAGAGCCUUAUACCACCCCAGAGCCUACCACCACUCCAGGGCCUUAUACACCAAUAGGAACAGAGUCUCCUUUGGCUGUGAGGCUGGUGAAUGGAGGAGACAGGUGUCAGGGUCGCGUGGAGGUCCUUUACCAGGGUUCCUGGGGCACUGUGUGUGAUGACAGCUGGGACACCAAUGAUGCCAACGUGGUGUGCAGGCAGCUGGGCUGUGGCUGGGCAGUGUCUGCCCCUGGAAGUGCCCGGUUUGGACAGGGCUCAGGGCCCAUUGUCCUGGAUGAUGUGGCCUGUACUGGACAUGAGUACUACCUGUGGAGCUGCUCCCACCGAGGCUGGCUCUCCCAUAACUGUGGACACCAUGAGGACGCUGGAGUCAUCUGCUCAGCUUCUCAAACAAGCUAUACCACACCUGUGCUGACCACUCCAGAGCCUUAUACCACUCCAGAGCCUACCACCACUUCAGAGACUACUGUAAUAAUGGAUUGGUGGGAUACAACCACUCCUUUUCCUGUUUGGUGGGAUACAACAACUUCUUCCCCUGACUACAACUGUGGAGGUCUCCUGGACAGGCACUAUGGGAACUUUUCCAGUCCAUUCUACCCUGGGAAUUAUCCCAACAAUGCUAGAUGUGUGUGGAACAUUUUGGUCCCAACCAACAACCGUGUGACUCUGACCUUCAGAGAUGUGCAGCUUGAAGGAGGCUGCAGCUACGAUUAUAUCCUGCUUUUUGAUGGCCCUCAAUACAAUUCCCCCCUCAUUGCUCGGGUUUGUGAUGGGGCCAAUGGAUCUUUCACCUCAACACGGAACUACAUGUCCGUAGUCUUCAUCACUGAUGGCAGUGUCACCAGGAGAGGGUUCCAGGCUGACUACAUCGCUACCUUUGUCCCCGCCACCACUUUUCCAUCGCCACUCCCGACCAUCCCUGAUUGGUGGAAUACAACAUAUCCUUCCUAUGUAAAUGAGUCUUUAUUGGUGCUGAGGCUGGCCAAUGGAGGAAACCGCUGUCAGGGCCGAGUGGAAAUCCUGUAUGAAGGUUCUUGGGGCACCGUGUGUGACGACAGCUGGGACAUCAAUGAUGCCAAUGUGGUGUGCAGACAGGUUGGCUGUGGCCCGGCUCUGUCGGCCCCAGGAAAUGCUCGGUUUGGUCAGGGCUCAGGGCCCAUACUCCUAGAUGAUGUGGCCUGCUCAGGGUAUGAGUCUCACCUGUGGUACUGUCGUCACCGUGGCUGGCUUGUCCAUAACUGUGCCCAUCCUGAAGAUGCCGGAGUCAUCUGCUCAUUCCCUGAGCCGACAUCCACUCCCAGUCCAGUUUGGUGGACAACAACAACUCCUUCCUAUGUAAACUACACCUGUGGAGGUUUCCUGACCCAACCCUUUGGGAACUUUUCCAGUCCAUUCUACCCCAGGAACUACCCUAACAAUGCCAGAUGUGUGUGGAACAUUGAGGUCCCAAACAACUACCGUGUGACUGUGGUCUUCAGAGAUGUGCAGCUUGAAGGGGGCUGCAGCUAUGACUAUAUUGAGAUUUUCGAUGGCCCCCACCACAGUUCUCCUCUCAUCGCUCGGGUUUGUGAUGGGGCCAUGGGCUCUUUCACUUCCACAUCCAACUUCAUGUCGGUUCGCUUCAUCACUGAUCACAGUGUUACCCGAAGAGGGUUCCAGGCUCAGUACUACUCGGUCUAUGCCAACAACAUCACCAGUCUCCUUUGUUUGUCAAAUCACAUGCAAGCCAGUGUGAGCAGGGACUACCUUCAGUCCAUGGGCUAUUCUGCCAGGGAUCUUGUCAUUCCUGGUUGGAAUGGAAGUUACCAGUGUCAGCCCCAGAUAACACAGAGGCAGGUCAUAUUCACAAUUCCCUACACAGGCUGUGGUACUACCAAACAGACUGACAAUGAGACCAUCAACUACUCCAACUUCCUCAAAGCAGCUGUUUCGAAUGGCAUCAUCAAAAGGAAAAAGGACCUCCACAUCCAUGUCAGCUGCAAGAUGCUUCAGAACACCUGGAUCAAUACUGUGUACAUCACCAACAACACCGUCGAGAUCCAAGAAGUCCAGUAUGGCAAUUUUGAUGUGAACGUUUCCUUUUAUACAUCCUCCUCCUUCUUGUAUCCAGUGACCAGCAGCCCAUACUAUGUGGAUCUGGACCAAAACUUGUACCUUCAGGCUGAAAUUCUCCAUUCUGAUGCCUCCUUGGCCUUGUUUGUGGACACCUGUGUGGCUUCACCAUACCCCAAUGACUUCUCAUCUUUGACAUAUGAUCUCAUCCGGAGUGGAUGCGUAAGAGAUGAAACUUACCGAAUCUACUCCUCGCCGUCACCGCGCAUUACCCGCUUCAAAUUCAGUUCCUUCCACUUCCUGAACCGCUUCCCUUCAGUGUACCUGCAGUGUAAACUGGUGGUGUGCAGAGCAUACGAUGCCUCUUCCCGGUGCUACCGGGGCUGCGUGGUGAGGUCCAAGAGGGACACAGGCUCCUAUCAAGAGAAGGUGGACGUUGUCCUGGGACCCAUCCAGUUGCAAUCCCCCAGCAAAGACAGGAGGAGCCUGGACUUGGCAGUGAAGGAUGUGGAGAAACCAGCUCCGGCUAGCUCCCAGGCAGCCUACCCUACCGCUGCCAUCUUUGGUGGGAUCUUCCUGGCACUGGUCCUAGCUGUGGCAGCUUUCACACUUGGAAGGAGGACACGCAUUGCCCGUGGCCAGCCUCUGAGCACUAAGAUGUGAAGCAAAGCACACCCAGGCAUUGGCUCCACGUGCACAGAUUCCCAGAAAAGAUGGAAGGCAUGAGCGUGUGAGACUCGGCAACCGGACACACCGUGGCUAGGUUUCCCUUAGCACAAAUGCAUGCACGGCAAAGUAUGAUGAGAUGGCAGAGAAGAAAGGUGUGGGCCAAGUUUUCCCAGGGUCUGCGGGCUGAAGACGGGGAGGAAUGUCAUAGGAAAAUGAGAUCCCUGUCUACAACCCCACACGACCUUGAGCCAAACAUUGGAGCAGCAAUGUUUUUUCUAGAUAGUUUUCCUUUUCACGUUUUUUAUAGCUGACUUUCUCAACCUGUAGUGUCAACCUUAAUCUGUCCUCACGAUGAGGCAAACUAAAUAAAGACUCUUUCUCAAGGCAA